AAAUAACUCAUAGUUAGCAUUGGUGAUAGAUUUGACAUCUAAUCAAUAUCUAUCAUCGCGCACGUCACGUUUCAAGUCCACUAGGGUGAUUCGGGACGGAUCGUGUCAGUAUCUACCAUCGAUGCAAGACACAUGUCGGAUCCAUUAAAGUGAUUUGAAACGGGUCGCGUCAGCCUUUGUGUCGAUCAUCAUUACUAUGAGAUGGCUAUAUUUUAGCAUCAAGAGAAGGAAGCUUGUUAAAAUGAGAGAGAGAUUCUUCAACCAAAUUGGUGGGCUGCUUUUAAAGCAGCUAAUUUCUUCAAAUGAGGAUGGAGUAGAAUCCACCAAAAUAUUUUCUGCUGAAAAUCUUGAAAAACCCACUAACAAGUAUGUGGAAGAUCGGAUUCUUGGUAGAGGUGGCCAUGCUAUUGUCUACAAAGGUGUUCUAUCCGAUGAAUGUCUAGUCGCAAUCAAGAAAUCGAGACUAAUGGAUCAAGGACAAAUAGAGCCAUUUAUUAAUGAGGUGAUUAUUCUUACCCAAGUUAACCAUCAAAACGUUGUGAAACUUUUGGGAUGUUGUUUGGAGGCUAAAGUUCCUAUUUUGUUGUAUGAAUACGUUCCAAACGGUACACUUUUUCACCACAUACAUAAUAGUGGUGAAAUGCCAUGGUUCUCUUGGGAGAAUAGGUUAAAAAUUGCUGCUGAAGCUGCUGGUGUAUUAGCCUAUCUUCGUUCAGCAGCUUCUAUGCCUAUUAUUCAUAGCGAUGUCAAGUCGAGCAACAUAUUGUUAAACAAUAUCUAUACUGCUAAAAUAACAGAUUUUGGAGCUUCAAAAUUGGUGCCCUUAGACCAAACACAAGUAACAACACUAGUUCAAGGUACUAUAGGUUAUUUAGAUUCUGAGUACUUCCAAACGAGUCAAUUAACAAAGAAAAGUGAGGUUUAUAGUUUCGGGGUGGUUCUUGCCAAACUUAUGACAGGGAAGAAACCUCUUUCACCUACGAAAUCUGAAGGGGAGCUAAACUUGGCAAUACAUUCCAUAAUCUCUAUUAAAGAAAAUAAGUUUUUUUUAGUUCUCGAACCUCUGAUUUUGAGGGAAGCUAAUUUGGAACAAUUGCAAGCUGUCGUCGAGUUAGUGACAAGAUGCCUUAACUUGAAACAUGAUGAAAGGCCAACAAUGAAAGAAAUGGCGAUGGAGUUGGAAGGAUUAAGAAAAAUUUCAAGAGAUCCUUGUAAUGAACCAGGAAUGCAGAAGAAAAUAUGAGAUCAUUGAGUGAAAAAUCAGGUUUAUAUGAUAUCUCAUUAACAGGUCAAGAAUUUACUACUUCUGGACAAAAUAGUUUGUAUGGUGAUAUGCUAUAUCCUAGAAUUAAACCUCGUUAAGUGAUUUGUAAUGACAUUCAUUAAUCAUUUGUACACUCUCUUUACGUUCAUUUGUCAUAUGAAUGAGCAUCUAUUCGUCAAGUUUCCUACGUUUUUCUUGUCAGUCUAAAAUCCUGCUUCACAAAGCUUUUUUGAGAUUAUAAACUUUUUUGCUUCUCCAAUGCCUUAUUAUUUUGACUGGAGAAUCUUAGAGUUCGGAAUUUGGAUUUUUGUCUUCAUUAAUAAAUUGCUGAUAUUUUGAAUUUUUUGAAGUAUCUUUGAAUCAACUAGGUUGUAUUUUCCUAGUAUCUGUUGGAAAUUUCUCCACUCCUCUUCAGGUUUUUGAAGCAUUUGGAUGCCACAUUAAGGGUGCUAUUCCUGCUGAGAUUGGAUACUUAAGCAGCUUGGAAGAUUUAUAUUUAGAUAGCAAUUAGUUGAUAGAUUCAAU